AUGUCGUUAAAGAUCGGCUUUGGUGCGUCAAACAAGAACAAGAAGCCAUUGCAAAGCUCGAAGGCUUUAUUUGGCGACGAUGAGGAAGAUGAACCAACACAGCAAGACAACACAGAGCAAGUUGGCGGACUUCCUCUUGACCAGCUUCAGCCAUCCAAGAGAUUGGAUGACGCGGAGCUUCCUGGUAAACCUUCACUGAAAGCGAAAUCAAAGCCAGGGCUACAUACCUUGCAAUACGGCGACUUGUCUGCUCAAAGGUCGAGUUUAAAAACGGUAGAAUCUGCGCUUCAGGUCGACGCUGCCAUCUAUGAUUAUGAUGCUGCUUUCGACGCCAUCCACGCUAAAGACGCUGAACGUAAAGCCCAACGAAGGAAAGAGGCCGAAGAACGUCAAUCGAGGUACAUCGAAAACUUCAUGGCCGCAGCUGAAACGCGUAAACAAGAUUUAGCCCGUGCAAGGGACAAGCAACUCCAACGUGAACGCGAAGCUGAAGGGGACAUGUACGCUGACAAGGAGAAGUUUGUAACAGAGGCAUAUAAGAAGCAACAGGAGCAACUUCGUAAAGCAGAGGAAGACGAGAAGAAGAAACAGGAAGAGGAAGAGAAAAAGAGGAAGGCUUUGGGUAUGCAGGGGUUUUAUAAGGCUGUGAUGGAUGAACAAGAGAGGCGGUAUCAAGAAGCGAUGCAAGCUGCGGAGGAAGUUACCAAGUCAGGCAAGAAAAUCGAGGUUCCAUUGGAGGAGGAAAAGACGGAUGCACAGAUUGCAGAGGAGCUUAAAGCGCAGGGAAAAAAUGUGCUGCUCAAUGACGAAGGCCAGAUUGUCGACAAACGUGAGACGCUGUCUGCAGGUCUCAACUUCGUUGCCAAACCAAAGCCUGCGGGCACAGUCAAGACUCAGAAUAGAGCACCCGUACAGCCGGCAUGGCAGAACAAAGGCAUUGGAAAUCAAAAAGCCAUGCGAGAGCGGCAGACGAGGAUGAUAGAAGAGCAACUAGCAGCAGCGGCAAAACGAGCAGCCGAUGAAGAAGCGGAAGAGAGAAGAAGACUUGAGCACGCAAGUAAGAGUCGCAAAACGGCGGCCGAGGUGGGAAGUGCCAAAGAGAGGUACUUGGCAAGGAAGAAAGCGGCGGAAGAGGCGAAGAAGCAGCAGAAUGAUGCCAGCUGA